UGACUUCAUCGACGAAAUUGAUGUAAAGCUAUAAACAGUACUCCAACAUCUUCUAUUCUUUGACUUGGCAAUUUCCACCUUCAAAAGGCGGGCGGCCAAAUAAUCCCACGCUACUCACGGGUAGCUGGUAACUUAAAUCCUAAAAAAAAAAAAAAAAAAAAAAAAAAAAACCAGUUCGCCCGUUUUUUGUUGUUGUUCAGUCUUUAUAAAAAUGUCCUCGUUUCUUGAUAUUCUGGGCGAUGGACAUGUGAACUUUGAAAAAUGUGGGGACGUUGUUGUUUCGCCCAAGGACAACAUGGUCGCCAUGUUCUGCCACUUCUGCAAAGACAUUUUCACUCAUCUGCCGGAGUUCAUGAGACACCUUCAGUGGUCCCACAGCGACGUGUUGCAAUUCACAAAGGAACAGAAUGUUUACAGAGUCGAGGAACUGAUGGCCUUGGAGAGCUCAGAAGAUGAUGUACAGUCGCAGGAAAACAGCUGCAGCAGCGGCGACUCGGGAUUGGCAGGCGAAAUGGGAGAUGCAGUUGGGGAACCAGGAUCAUCCGAGUGCCUGGCAAAUAAUUUGGAAAUAAUGAAUGCCCUGGCAGCAUUCGAUGUGGAUGUCGAUGGACUGAAUAAUGUCAGCCACGAACAGUCGGAUUCAAAAACUCCACCGGAUUCUCGGACAGAAGAUAUUGGGGAAAAAUGUGCCGCAAGAAAUAUUCUAGCAGAAGUGGAAGCCAUGUUGCUUGAAGAUGAGGGCGACAUUUCUCCCAGCUCCCAAACUGUCCAGUCAGUACAUUGCCGUGCGGAGAGGAAAAUCCAGGCAGAACCUAUCAUAACAGAAACACCCGUCAAGAAAACGUACUGCAAAGUAAACUACACCGAGAAGGAGAUAGAGGCCCACAUCUCGAAAGGUUUCCGUCGUGCCCGCAAGCCGGGGAGAGUGGAAAAACCACCGAGCAUCUGCGACCUUAAGAGCUACAACAUUACCAGACACUCCCGCAAAAGGGAGGCGAUCAAACAGCGCCUAAGCAGCGUAAAAAAGCGUAUCAUGCGCUCCCUUGAAAAUGAUGUGUCAAAGCCAGUCGUUAUGAAUCUAAAUGACAGGCGUCUGCCUUUAAAAGGCACCAGCAUUAGGCAGGAAUUACCAUCAUUAAAAAAUGAGUCCAAAGACUCAGGUGUGGCCAUUGGCUAUCAAGUCACUGCUGUAGCUACAAAAUUGCCACGUGACAAAUUGGAGUCUAAAGAAAACUGCGCUAUGUUAACUCAAGCGAUCCAGUCUAGUGAAAUGAAGCCAGCAUUUAUCAACCAUUUGAGCAGGACAAAAACUUUGGCUAAUGUUAGUUUGAUUAGGCCAGCGUUAACCUCGUCUACAACCAAAUCUUUAGUUAAGGAGAAAUCGGUCCUGUCCGCUUUGACAAAUCGAAAUAGUACUUCUAUCACCUCGGUUCCUGCUAGUCUGCGUGAGCCAUUGGCUAAAAACGAGGCAAAGACUUACAUGAUAAGUCCCAGGCUCAACAAACUGCGAUCGAAAUUCAAUAACUCUCUUAGCUCUAACAUUUCUGGUCCACCAAAACAAACAAAAAUGCCUUCUCUAUUGGAAAACAGUUCAGUAAAUGAACUUCCAGUUAUCUUGGAAUCUACGAACCCUCCCAAUUUCGAUUCGGAACAGCCUUAUGUGGUGUCUACGACGGUAAAAUCAUCCAUUCGUCCAUGCCCCAGUAAGACAGCUGUUAAGACAGACAGAAACAUCUCCCAUCAGCCUGUGGUUAGAAGAUCAACCGUGAAUAUAGAGCGGGUUGAUAUUCUGCCACCGAUCAAUAUAAAACAAAGGAUGGAAAUGUCAACUAAGGAUAUACCGUUUUGGGAAAACAUAAUUAUCUCAAGUGUUGCCAGUCAACAACCAUCAAAGUUGAAUACCACAAAUAAUGCAGUGGAUCAGCCCCCAAAGCGUCCAGAGCGCAGAUCUUCGCUAACGGUCAUCUCCAGUAGCCCAAUUCAGGCUAAGAAACCCAUGAGAAGGUCUUCUAUGACAAGAGAAAACGCAUAUCCUGAAAGCUCACGAAUUCUUCGUUCGGGAGAAGUUGAAAGUCCUGCAAAAGCCGACAAACGUACAAAAGACAGUUUUGAAGAAACUAGUUCCUCCAAUGGGAAAGGCGAUGCAAAACGAUCCAAAUUAGAGUAUAUCAGGAGUGAUUUGAAAACAUCAAAGUUGGAUUUAGACAGCCUCCUUCAGUUGGCUGAGCCCCUAGAAAGCGAUGCUUUAGAGAACACACUAGUGGAAGACCAAGUUAAAAAGGCCACAAAAAUGGGAAGCCCACAGAAGGAGUUUCCUAAACUUCAAAUUGGUGUCAAGCCUGAAAUGGAGGCUCUGCAAGACGACCUUAGGCUGCUGAAGACGGUUGGGUUGCUUGUAUUAAAAGAUUCCUGCUUUGAGGAUAAACUGCCCUUUGAGCAGUCGGAAAACUUUCGUAAAACAGCGGCCAAGUUUAGCAAAAUCUAUCAUACGUACGAUACAAUCUGGAGUUACAGGAAAACAAAGAACAUUGGAGUACACCAACGCCUAACCGAGCAGUUGAACUCAUUCACCGAAGAGGUAAACAGGGAGAUUGACUGCCACUUGACCACGAACGAGAUAAAACGCAUUCUAAACUUACUUAACUCGUGGUAUGCGUAUCAGAUCGAUCAGAGGUUCUUUAGGAAGGCGACCCUUUCGUACAGCGUUGAGCACUACAUGUUCCUGUUUCACUUUCUGCCAAAGAUUAAUCCGACUGUGUACUUUUGCGAGUGCUGUGAGGAGAUUUUCCCCAACGAAGCGCGCUACAAGAAACAUGUCCAGAGUGUACAUGCUGUACACGCGUUUACAUGCUCCGAGUGUGGUAAAUCCUUCAAGCGCCUCUAUUUCUACGAGAAACACCUCAAAACAGUACAUCUUAAGCCAUAACGUGCCAAAACAUAAUUACUUAGUUUUAUUUUUUUUUAAAUUUGUGAACCAUUUUGUAGAGCACUCAAUGCCAUUUAGUGAAAUUGUAUAGCGAGUGCGCCGAUACAUAGGCGAUUUGUAUAUCAUUCUGUACAAAGGCUUUUAUGAGACUGCUUCCACUCUCAAUUCGUGGGGAGAUUGGUCAUAGCAGUCAAGUUCAUGAACCGCUUGGACGAGUUCUUAUCAAGUUAUCUUCUUUUUAUCAUGUUACGCCUUCAAGUCUCUUAUAUUGAUUUUUUAGUAGUAAUUUAAAUCUACCUAAUUUCAUAUUGCCAUGUUAAAAAUAAAGUACACUUUUCUAUUAUUCUCGUAUC